AGACCGCUGGCCUCUCUCCAAGACCAGACCCUCCCGAAACCCUCUGGCCGCCAGCAGAAGCCCUCGCAGAACCUGAAGCAGCUUGCGUAAACCCUGCUCCGGAUAUGAGCCAUUUCAUACCGCAAGAAGCCGCUCGGAUGUGUUUUUUAAACUGGGAAGAGGGGAUGGAGCAGGUCCCCGGGGGCUGGUGACCUUCAAGGAGGAGGUGGUGUGUUUCACUGAGGGGCAGCAAGCGUGCUAAUCUGGAUCCAAGGGGCGACAUGCAGGAGAACUACGAGAAUGUGAUCUCGCUGGCGGAGGAGAUUGCAAUCAGCUGGCCCCGAAUAACUGCCUUUGCAGAGUCGCACAGGAGAAGAGGACUGGUCUCUGUUUCCUUUCCCAGACCCAGGGAGUUACUGGAUUCUCUCGUUGUUCCAGCAGAUGAUGGGAUGGUGAGUGAAAAUGAGGAGGAAGAUGCUCAGCAGGGAGACCUUGAGAAGGUGGAAGCCCAAGGGACAUUGCCGGGCAAAUCCAAGGGAAGCACCCCCCAGAGUAGUGAUGGUGUGAAGUCCACUGAGAGCCCAGUCAAGUCAGAAGGGCAGCCAAAGAAACCCCCUGGUAAGAAACAGAACAAAUCUGCCCACCGCGGCUUCAAAAAGUUUCACCAGCGGAGUCUGCUGGGGCAUAAUCGUUGCCAUGACUGUGGCAAGAGCCUGGGCUUUGGCUCAUCCUUCAACAAACGGCUGCGCAGCACAGAAAAGCCCUACAAGUGCAACGAGUGUGGCAAAUGCUUCCGGCUCAGCUCCACCCUCAUCACUCAUCAGCGCCGGCAUGCUGGGGACAAGCCGUACAAGUGCGCUGACUGUGGCAAGAGCUUCAGCGUCGGCUCAGCCUUCAUCCAGCACCAGCGCGUCCAUGCUGGCAGCGUCAAGCCCUGCCAGUGCAACAUCUGUGGCAAGAGCUUCAGCACCAGCACCAGCCUGGUCAAGCACCAGAAGCUGCACCUGGAGGAGAAGCCCUACAAGUGUGAUGAGUGUGGCAAAGGUUUCAACUGGAACUCGCACCUGGAGCGGCACCGGCGCAUCCAUACAGGUGAAAAGCCGUACACCUGCCCUGAGUGUGGGAAGAGCUUCAGCUGGAGCUCGCACCUGGACCGGCACCGUCGCACCCACACGGGUGGGGAGAAGGCCUGCAAGUGCACUGACUGUGGACGCUGCUUCGCUCCCCGUGGCACAGAUGGUGCUAGACCCCAGCGCGGGGUAGGAACAGGAACAGAGAAACCCUACCAGUGUUCUGAAUGCGGUCGAGGUUUCAACAAGAGUGCGACACUGGCCAAGCACCAGCGUGUGCAUGCCACUGAGAAGCCCUACAAAUGUGACCAGUGCGGCAAGAGCUUUGGGCUGAGCGCCUCAUUGCUGCAGCACCAGCGCAGCCAUGCAGCUGGCAAGCCCUACCAGUGCAGUGAUUGCGGCAAGAGCUUUGCCUGGAGUUCCCAUUUGGACCGACACCGGCGUAUCCACAUGGGAGAGAAGCCUUUCCGCUGUGAGGACUGUGGCAAGAGUUUCUCCCAGAGCUCGCACUUGGAGCGGCACCAGCGGGUGCACCUGGGCUCAGAGCAGCCCUGCCAGUGCACUGACUGUGGAAAGAGCUUCUUGGCCAGUGCUAAGCGUCGUCGGCUGCUGACUGGGGAGCGCCCCUGCAAGUGCACUGACUGUGGGAAGAGCUUCCUGUGGAGCUCCCGAGCCAGGCCCCCCCCCGCAACAGAAAGGACCCACAAGUGCACAGAGUGCGGGAAGAGCUUCACCUACCGGGCAGAGAACGUCAAGCACCAAGGCACUCAGACCGGUGAGAAGCCUUACACAUGCCCUGAGUGUGGGAAGAGCUUUGGGCAGAACUCAGCGCUGGUGAAGCACCGGCGCAUGCACACUGGCGAGAAACCCUACAAGUGCGGGGACUGUGGGAAGAGCUUCAGUGUCCGCUCCAACCUCAUCAAACACCAGCGCACGCACCUGGGCGAGAAGCCCUACAAGUGUCCUGAUUGUGGCAAAGGCUUCAUCCAGAAGUCGGACCUGACCAAGCAUCGGCGCAUGCACACUGGGGAGAAGCCGUACAAGUGCAAUGUCUGUGGGAAGUGCUUCAGUGUCAGCUCCAACCUCAUCAAGCACCAGCGCAUCCACCUGGGCGAGAAGCCCUACCAGUGCACUGACUGCGGGAAGAGCUUCAUCCAGCGCUCAGAGCUGACCAUCCACCAGCGCGUCCACACUGGGGAGAAGCCCUACAAGUGCCCUGAGUGCGGGAAGUGCUUCAGCCGCAGCUCCCACCUUAACCGGCAUCAGCGCACGCAUGCUGGGGACAAGCCCUCGCUCCUCUCCACUGCCAAAUCCAGUGCCAGCAACCCCCUCCAGGCCUCCUCAGCCUUCUCCUCUGCUGCCACCUCUUUCUCCUCUCCACUGGGUGCCUCUUCCGCCCCCAUCCCAUCCCUGCCCUCCUUCCCCUCCUCCCCUUCACCCCUCCCCAUCCCAUCCCUCUCCACCACCCCACUGGAUCUGCCCUGGGCCCUGUCCUUCCCAUCUCGUGCCUUCCCUCACCCUUCCUUCCCUUCUCCCACUCCCUCUGGAGCCCAGGCCUCAUCCCUGAUAAACUAACAGAUCCCCAUUGCUUCCCCCUGGGCCUUCCUCUUUCCUCCUACAUCUUGCCUCUAUCACUCUUCCCUAUUCCUGAAUGGCCUGCCUCUUCCCUCCUGUCUGCCACUGCCCUCUCUUUCCCUUCUUCUUACCCUUCCCCCUCCCAGCACUGUACACUUGGUGUCCUACUCCCCUGCUUUCUCUGUUCCCCAUUCUUUGAAGUUCACAUCAUCCACUUCUUUUCGAUUCCUUCUGCCCUAGAAUGCACCUGGCCUCUCUCUCAUCUUUGGUGUCUCCAGGCUCUGUGCUGGCGGUCCCCUCCUGCACUAACGCAUCUUGAUUCCUCUCCCCAACAUCCUUAUUGAAAUUGCAGUGCUGAACCAGUUUCCCUGAUUCUUCCUUGACCUGCAGCCAGCAACCUUUCUGACCCUUCUUGGACUGCAAGUUCCCAUUCACCAGUUGCCAUGUCACCUCACCUCUUUCCUCCCACCCUGACAUUUAUCCCAUGCUUUCCAAUCUAUGUCAAGCUCUCAGCGGAUUUUUUAUUUUAUUAACCUUUCUGGUCUUCAGUUCCACUGAGACAUUCACCCUUGAGUUAUUUCUUAUCUAUAUCAUCAUGCCCUGGCUUAUAUUCUUAUGCUUCAGGGCAUUUCUAGAGAGUCCCCUGUUGAUAUGUUUCCUUCACUUCAGGUUAAUCUCCUCUUCAUUUUGGUAUGCCAUCUUCCUGGCCAAAUUCUGGCUGCUUGUCCAUCCAUCCAUCCUCAGUUUAGGUACCAUGGAGUUCCAAUCUCUUCUUGCUGAUUAUUGCCUCAAGUGAGAUCGAUAACAUUGAAAGUGAUUUGUGAACAUUUUCAUAUGUAAGAGGGCCAAAGUUCUAGUCUUCUCCCACAUGUUACAUCAUAUUGUUCUAUGUUGUGCCUAUUAUUAUUGUUGAUGUUGUUUUUGUUCAGUUCUGGUCCCCACACCUCAAAAAGGAUGAUCAUCAUGGAUGGUCAGGGCUAUGGAGUGGGUUCCAUGUGAGGAGAUACUAAGUAGGCUAGGAUUUAUUAGCCUAGAAGAGAGAUGCUUGAGGAGGGACAUGAUAGAUGUCUCCAAAAUAUUAAAUGGGGCAGAGAAAGUAAAAAGGGAUUUAUUAUAUAUGAUCUCUCAAAGUAUGGGAACUAGAGGAUAUAAAAAUAAACUAUUAGAUAGUAGGUUUAAAAUUAACAAAAGGAAGCUAUUUUUCACACAGUGGGGAAUUGACUUGUGGAACUCAUUGCCACACGAUGGUGUAUAGAUUAACCCAGUCCAAAAGGGUUAAUCUUCUUGGAGAAAAGGCCCAUUCGUAGGUAUUGGACAUGGCACACAAAGGUGCAGGCUCUGAAUAAGAACUUCCUAAACCUCUGAAUGUGGAAAAGAUCAGAGAGUAGAAGAUUCUGAACAUGCCCUGGGUUUAGGUUCCAUCCAGGAAGAGCACACACUAACUGCUGAAACUUCCUUAGCCUGACGAAGGGUUUUUGAACCCGAAAGCUUGCUUAAUAACUUUUCUCCAACUGUUUGGGUUGGUCUAAUAAAAGAUAUCAAAUUCACCCAAGGAACCUUGUCUGCCUAUGAACAUGCCCUGUUCACUCAGCAUCCACACACUCCCAUUGUGUGAAUCAGGAUACUAAGCUUGUAAGUGGCAUUUCUUAUGUUCAGAAAGCUAUCAGGUAUUUUUAAUGAAAAUAUUUUUGACAAAAAUGUUCUGUUUAAAAAAUUAACAUAUUUGUGAAACCAUUUUCCUUUUCAUUUUUUUUUUUUUAACAGAACCUUUGCAUAAACUUGAGCCUUUUAGUUAGUUUUUUUGUGUAUUUUUUACCUUUUCACUUGCUUUUUGCUAGUAAAGCACUGGAACAGGUUACCCAGAGAGGUGGUGGAAUCUCCAUCCUUGGAGGUUUUUCAGACCUGGCUAGACAAAGCCUUAGGUAGAACGGUAUAGUUGGGGACAGUCCUGCUUUGAGCAGGAGUUUGGACUAGAUCAUAGUUUCUCAACCUGCGGUACGCGUACCCCUGGGGGUACGUGAGACCCAGACAUGGUACGCAGGUACCCCAACACUUUCUCUCUCUCUCUCUCGCCCUCUUUUCCUUUCUCUCUCUUGCUCCUUCCUCCUCUCAAAACUAUGGCAAAAAAUUAUUACUUUAAAUUUCCCAGUAAUAAUUUGGUGUGCCACGUUUUGUACAGCACUGGGUUCAGCCCUCCUACCUUCGGCCAACAUCACCUCUAGCCCAGGUACAUACUUGAGUUGUGCACCUCUGGUAUAAAGGGUGGCAACCCUACCUGCAACAGAUCAGACAUCUGUCAUAUCAUGGCCUUAUAUACACAGCCCUUCUUCCAACAUAUGGCACAUAUUAGUCUGUAAAUAUAAAAUCCCCUGGAAAAUUGAGUGUUGGGGUACUUAUUAAAAUUUUCAGAAGUUAAGGGGUACUUGCUACUUAAAAGGUUGAGAAACCCUGGACUAGAUGACCUCAUGAGGUCCCUUCCAACCUUAAUUUUCUAUGAUUCUGUUUUAUUCAGCAAUUUUGAUUAGUCCUAGGAUUGAAUUAUUCAAAAAUAAAAAAUCUAACACGAUCGACUUUAUUGUUUUAAAAUUUAAAAAAACAAUUAAAAAUUCAGUGUGCCCACAUCUUGAGUACUUUGUGCAAUUCUGUUCUACACAUCUCAAAAGAUGUAGUAGAAUUUGAAAAGAUGCAGAGAAGGGUAACCAAAAUGAUCAAAGAAACGGAGCAGAUACCAUACACGGAUUGACUAAAAAGGCUAGGACUCUUCAGUUUGGAAAGGAGAAGGCAGAGGAAGGGAUAUGGUAGAGGUAAAAUCAUGGAAAGUGUGAACCAAGUGAACAGGGAACUGUUGUUCAUCAAAUCCCAGAAUGCUAGAAGUAGGGGAAAUUAGUAGGAGACAGGUUUAAAACUAACAAGAGAAAGUGCUUUUUUAAAUGCAAAGGAUAGUUAACUUGUGGAAUUCAUUGCCACAGGAGGUGGCAGAGCACCAGCAUGUUCAACAUGGGACUAAACAAAUUUAUGGUUGAUAGAUCUAUUAAUGGCUAUUGAACAGAACAGUUGGAGAUGUUUUCUCUGGCAUCCAAUGAGGGUGGAUGUUGGGAGGGGGUACUGAACAGGGAUAUAUCCAGUUCAGUGCUUUCCCAGUCUAUAGCAUCCACUUCUACUGUCAAAGACAGAAUACUGGACUACUUGGACCAUUGGUCUGACCCCAUAUGGCACUUCUUAUGUCCUUAACAUCAUUUUCCAAAAUUACGAUUCUUCAAAAAUAAAAAGUUAUUAACAUUCUGAAAAAAAGAAAUAUAGGGAAAAGCUUUGUUUAAACAACAGAACAAAAUGUUUUUGAAAAGCUCAUAUUUUUUUAAAUGAGGUAAGGAUUUUGUGAAUGGCAUCUUUUAUUGGGCCACCUAUAUGGUUGGGAUAGAUUUUGACAAGCUUUUGAAUGCAGCUACUGGAAGAGAAAUGCCAUGCAUUUGAAAGCUUUUCUAAAUCUAUCCCAGCCAUGUAGUUGAUACAGUAAAAAAUAUCACCCACAAAAAUCCUUGCCUCUUACAUAUUUCCUGGACCAUUGUGGCUACAGCAUCACUCCAACACUACCACAUAUUUUAAAACAAUGUUUUGGCCAGCUUUAUUUAUGUACAGUUGGAGCUGUUUAUGAAAAUGUUCACAAAUCCAAGAUGUUGCCACAAAUUUUCACACAAGUAUAUAUUAAAAAAUUUGCACUGCAGCAUGUAAUAUUCAUUAUUUGUAAUCCAUUUUAUCCAUUUACAAAAGUUUUAGUAAUCUACCCAGGAAGCAGAAACAGCACCACAUGACCUGGUGACUACUCCAAAGCACACACAAAAAAGUAAUGAAUAGUCAAAUUAUAAGGUUGGCAAAAAACAGAUGACAGACCAUUGUAAACAUCAACAGAACAACUUACAUAAAUCAUUAGGCCAAGUUUUCAGCUGGUAUAAAUUAGUGAUGUUUAAUGGAAGUUAAUAGUGGGGUGAUGUUAAUUUAUACCACGUGAGCAUGUAAGGGUCAGGACUGGUUCAAGAAUAACACACGCACAGAAAUGAGAAUUAAAAUAAAAACAAGUAUUUUCACAGUGAAGAGUUUUUUCAGCCCUAUGGAAAGCCCCUCACUGGGCACUGCCUUUUAAUGCUCAUCAAAAUUUUCUUUGCUUUCUUGUCUGUCUUUUUGUCUAUCCAUCUGUGACCCUUCAACCUUCAAGUGUUCAUCCCUACACGGCAGAAUUUCUGCUCCCUGAUGUCUCUCCUACUUCAUCCGUCUUUCCUGCCUUCUCCAUGUUUGAUGGAAAGUCCAUUCUCUUCCUGGCUGCCAUUCUUUUCUCGAAACAAUCCCAGUCAACUUUCUCCCCUACCCCAACUGUGCUAUCCCCAGAUCUCAUCAGCUCUUCCUCCUCCAGCACCUCUGGAGCCCAUCCUUUCUUUUUCACUGUUCCUUGGCCCACGUUCUGGCCAUAACUUAACCUGAACAGUCCACCGCCAACCUCCUGACUCCUACCUCAUGUUCCUUUAGUCCAUGCAUUUUUCUUACUCUCUGUUUCAAAUAUACUCCCUCCUUCUUCUGCAUCAGUACUAGGCUUCUUGACCCUGAUCCAACAAUCCAUCCUGUUUCAACACUGACUUCCAUAUGUGAAGUGCUUUGCUGAACUGGGUCCCUUGUCCUCCCUUGCAAGGCUCUGCACAAGGCUGCUCCAACCUGCAGCUCUGAUCUUCACUUCACACCCCUUUGCUCCAUCUGCUCUGCCUAUAUCCCUCUGUCUAAUCAUGCCAAAUGAGACCUUCAGCUAUUGGGCCAGAGUCUCAGCUAGUGCAAACUUGCAUCGAGGGAGCUAACACCAGCUGAGGGGCUGUCCCAGUAUUUCCAUUAUGCCCCUUACUGGAAGCUAUAAUAGGGAGGAUGAGGAGGGGAAAGCUGAAGUAGUGGAUAAAAAUUAAAUAAGAAACAAGACAAAACACUCAAGCUCCCAUCCUGCAGACACUUAAGCAUGUGUUUAACUUUGCUACCUUGAAUAGUUCCACUGUAAUUAGAGGGUGAAUUCACAAUGCAUCUUGUUAAUCAUGUGAGUUAAUGUUUGCAGGAUCAACCCUAAAUGAAUAAACCCAAUAAUAAUUUAAAAAAAUACUGAGGAGUUAAGACUUUGUGGAAAAAAAACAGACAAAAAUGAAAGGUUUAGAUAAAAAUACUAAAAAUUUAAAUGCCAUAGAAAAUAAAGGGUUGAAAGCCUUUUUAGAAGAGUAUCAUAAACAAAUAAUUAAAAAUAGAAACCAAGAGGCUAAAUAGUUGAGUAAAAAGGAAAGGGUUGAAUUUGGAAAUGGGUAAAAAAAAUUAAAAGACAAUGGGAAGGAUUAAAAUAGUAAGGAAAGUAACUGAAAGGGGUUAACAACUAAAGUAAACAAAGGUGUUAAAAUAUGGAUAAAAGAAGCAUUAAAAUAAAAAUAAAAAUAUUAAAAUUUUAUAGAAGAAAAUAGAGGAAAAUACCAAAAAAAUGGAAAUUGUAAAAGUUAAAAAAAAAGACAAAAGGAAAGUUAACUGAAAAGUAUUACAAGACAUGGAAACAGGGCAACAGUUAAGAAAACCAGAGAAGGAAUAAAAUAAAUUUUAGAAGUAAUACAGAAUAUUAUAGGAAGCAAUUCAAAUCGCCAUAAAGAAACAACGAAAAUGUAUUGGCAAUGUGAAAAGGAUGAAAGGAAAAAGAAUAACAGGAAUCAGGUGAGAAUCUGAGAGUCCUCAAGGCAACCCAGUAUCGGCUGAAUGCAGCAUUAAAGAAAGGAAAUCUGGAAGAGCCCAGUCAUUAGAUUCUGGAGUGGCACCCUUUUAUGACUACUUCCUUCUGUAGGGGCCAGAUCUGGAGAGGGCUGAGUGUCUAGUGAAACCUAUGGCAGGUGCAGGUGCUGAAAUGGCCCUGACUUUGCAAACGCCGAUGCAUGCGGGGUGAAAUUCUCCCCUGUCGUGGAAAGCCCCAAGCAUGAGGCCACAAUGCUGAGCAAGCAUGCUGAAGUGUAACUGUUAUGUGGCGCCUCUGGGUGACAUGUCGACAGUGGGAAUUGCACCCUGGACCUUUGGAUAUAAGAACCUGAGCCUCUGCUGCCUGAGCUAAAAGACCUGACUCUGAUAGCUCAGUUCAGUGGCUAUAGCAGACUUGUAAACGUCCACGUGGUCCAGCCACUAAUGGAGGACAGAGAGCCCAGUGAGCAAACACGGGGUUACACGGUACCCCUGAUCAUUGAGGGAAGCCCAAGGAAGGCGUCAUGGACCCACCACAGAAGGGCCACCUUCUGUUCUAGCACAGGUUGGAACAGAAGCUGCAAGGAACCCAUGUGGCAGGCAGGCAUGGAUUUCACCUGCUCUGCCUGCAAGGAGCCUGGAUAUUGGGACAGAAAGUGCAUCUGUAGUCACCUGGGUCACCCCACUUAAGUUAAUUUGGAACAUCAUGUGAGUAAAGCUACUCAUAUGCCUAAAUGUUUGCAGGAUUGGGGUCUGCUGCCCCCUGCCACCUGUGCAAGUAAGAGUAAAUACGAGUAUUGAAAAAUUGGGAAACACGGGCUGAGUCCCUCUCACGGACCCCAGCAUAAAUCAGGAGUAAUCCCAUUUGAGUCCCUGGGGCAAAUUGUCUUGUACUUGCCUCGGUGUCAAUCAGCAGCAACUGCUGAGGACAGGGGGAGUUACACCGAUUGUAAAGCUGAUGACAACACAGUUGAGAAUCAAGACUAACAACUUCAACAAGCCUGCUCACUUGCAUCAUUUGUAUUGGCAGGAUAAGUAUCUGGCAGACCCAAUACUACGGGUAGCUACUGUUGCUUUAUCCUUACUUGCAUUCAUAGUCACGGUGGGGCAGGCAAUAAAGAUUUGGAACCAGAUCCUCCGCUGAUGAAAACUGGCAGAGCUCCUGUGACUUAACUGGAGCUAAGCCAAUGAAGUUAGCGGAGCAUUUGGCUGAUAGGUAACUGUUUGAGGUACAGUCCCGUAUAUGUCCAGAGGGAAGAGGGAUGGCCCCCUAGCUUAGAUUUCAUGCAGGCUGGGCCAGUUUUGGAGUAGUACCAGUCACCUGCAGCACGCAUGGCAGCACAACGAUAUCACAGUGAUGGGCAGUACUGAAAACCUUAUGGAUAUACAGCUGCUCACCACCUCAGUGGAUUUGGCCAGAUGUUUGAUAACGAUGCAAAGAAUGAAUGCUACACCUGGGACGUCUCCCUAUGCUGGUGGAGCAGGCUUGUGCCCUCUCCCCUCCCUCAGUUCCUUGCUUGGGACUUGCUUUUUCUGCAAAGUGCAUCUGUGUUAGUCUGCUGCCAGCAGAAGCUUGACUAUUUACUUAUUAAUAACAAACAUUGCACUGCUCUGUGAUGCUCCAGCUACUAGCCAACAGGGGGGAAUUUGCUUCUAGACCAAGGGCCUGGCUGAGGUAUAGGCACCACUUUAGAUGGUCCCUGGUGCUUAUGCCUCAAGCAGGUCCUAGAUCCAGGAGCAAAUUUCCUCGCUCUCUCCGCUUUGUGUAUCUGAUCUGUUGUCUUCUCUUUGCCUCUUAGGUUGUAAGCUCCUUGGAGCAGGGACCAUAUCGUCUUCUGUGUUCUGUAGAGCACUGAGCAUAUUAUACCUGCUCAGCAUAUAAUAAACAGACCCUGUAAGUGCCCUGGCUGUGGGGAAAAAACGUAUGGCACAGGAGAGAUUCCACACAAGAGAGGAAACCCUUGUAUGAUUGCUAACUGUGAGUGGAAUUUGGACCUUGUGACACAGAGAAAAUGCUUUGGACAGAAAGUCUUAUAAACACCCUGACUGUGGAGAAAAGCUUUGAUCAGAGCUGACACCUUGAUACAAACAGAGACUCUGCACUGGAGACGAACGCUGUAGAUGCCCUGGUGAGGGCUGGCUGAAAUGGGUAUCAGUAUCUGGCUGCCUGUCUCUGGGGUCCAGGGCGACAACACCAGGCAGAGGAGGAGACACUUUGAUCAGCUCGUCCUCAUUGCUACAGCCCCAGCUGCUGCCAUCCAGGUAGAGAGACAGAGAACAAGCUGACACUUAUCUUCCCCUAGGUUGAAGGUCCUCUUCCCGUGUUUGACAACCAAUGCUGCCCCUCCCUGCACUUCGAGGAAGGGAAUAGAGGUACACUGCCCUCUUCUUCCUUUGGAUCCUGGAAGCAGGUGACUUAUCUGGGCUCCCUGUUCCACUUUCUUAAGGGAUCUGAGUGACACUGGCCCCUGUUUCUCCUAUUCCAGUUGCCUGUUUCUGGAGUGAUGCAGAGGAGGAUGACUGAUUGCCUUGCAACCUCCUGCCACCCGCAUUCUUCUAAGACACCUGGCAGUCUCUUUAUGGUCUCACUGGACCAAAGGGAAAACCAUUGCCUUAUAAAGAGGGGGAUGUGGAUGGAAGGUGGAGGGAGCUGAAAAUGGGAAAUCAAGUGUUUGGGGAUGGAGAAUAUGGGAGCUGGAGUGAGAAGAGUGAAGGAAUAGUGGGGGUAGAGAUAGGAUCAAGUGUAUGAUGAUGGGAAUAUAUGGAUGGGCUGAGGGAAAAUGGUGGAAGAUGUUGGGAGGUUAUAUAGUAGGAGGGGAAAAGGUUAAGAAGCUGCUCCUAAGUCAUUUUCCCUCUCUCUCCUCAUCCCAGCCCCACUCUCCUUCCUACCUCCCAGUUCCAUUUUCUUCCCCUUUGUCCUGUCUCCUUUUCAGGCCAUACUUGAGAGAGUCCCCUUAGCAGUGACUCAAAGACAGAAGGUAAAACAAGAAACUCCUAGAGCAGAGUUACAAGGGACCUACGGGGACCAGCCCAUCCAGCACAGGAAAUGUGGGGAAUCGGGCAUUUCAGGAUAGAAAUAACAUAAGGGAAGAGGACAUGGAGGUGAGACCUUGUUGCAUGAGUAAUGCCCAUGAAAGCACAAGUCUAUUCAUGGAGAAAAUUUUAGUGUGGUAUGUAGAACUUGUUGCUGAAGAAGAUUACUAGAGCAAACAAUUUGGCCAAGGCACUUCCAAGCUCCACAGCACAGCUGGGGGCCUGUAUUGCAAUCUUUCAGUGACAGAGAGCUCAGUUUCUCCUCCAAGAGUCAUCUGCCUUGAUUCUAAAGGGAACAGCACACAGGGAUGACUUCCAUUUGUGUUAAUGUCCCCUAGGAUCAGAAAUAUACGCCGUGCCAGUCCCAGUCCUAUUUCAGGUCGUACCCUCUUGGACAUGGGUCUUUGCAUUGUUCGAGAAGGGACCUGGGGAGACAAGUAACUUCAGCCAGGCUGAUACUCUUUGACAAGGUCAGAGGGAAAAGAAAAGCCUGGUGCUCUUCCAGGCCCCUCAUCUAUCACAGUGACCUGGGUGGGGAUGGCAGAACCUUAAACACAGACUGCCUCUGCUGUACUCCCGCAUCCCCAGGGACAACCCUGAGGGGAUAAAAGCCUCAGCUGGAAUUGAAGAUGGUGGAACCUGACCCUUGCGUGAAAGCAGUGGCUGGAAGAUGAGUGGUUAAUGCUAUGAUAUUAGACAGCAAUUACUUAAUUACAAUUUAAAUGAGAUUUAUAUAUUUUCUAGUAUCUAUUCAUUUGCUUUUGUAACUGGCUCCCACUGUCUUUCUCUCCAGUUGCCUGUACUUUCAGAUCAGCUUGGAAAUGUUGUUUUACUGCUUGUGACCAGCAACGUGCUUGUUUGUUUUUUGAAAUGCAAUGUACUGGAUUGGACUUUUUGUGCAUUGACUUGUUAUGAUGGCUCACUUUUUUUUAUUCUUUUUUUUUUUGAUGAGUAGUAAUAAAUUAGAACUUAGUUAUCCCAA